AUGAUGGAAAACGCGAAGAGGCUCGCCUUUUCGAAAAUCACCCUCACAUUCGAGUCCGCUAUCACAUGGGACUUGGGCAUCCUAGUUGACGAAACCUUUGACUGGUUGAAUGGCAUCAAGAUCUCUGACACGAGCAAAGUUGGUAUCUUGUCAUCCCCAAAAUUCACGGACCUCAUCAAAUCAGCCGCUCCACAACUGGCUCAAACCAACUUUCAGCUCAUGAUGUACGCUAUUUCCCUCGCUUAUAGCCGACCUGCCAAACACGUGUUGAGCAUUGCAGACAUCCAUAAAAUUGGAUGUAUCGCCGGCCACGAGCUUUUGAAGGCACUCGAACAGUGCAUGAGGCCUCAAUCAUUGAAUCAUUGUUCCGCAAAUGAUUUACGAGCUCUCUUCUUGAUGGUGUUUGGAACAGUUCUAGCAUUUAUGCUCGAAGCGGCCUCGUCUAGAUGGCACAAGCAAGGAAUGUUCGACUGGCGGGCAAGUAGUCCCAACGACACGCAUUUAGUUCCUGCCCAAACAGCGAUUAGCUACCGGUGUCCUAGCGUCAAGGCACAGAGCGGUGCUGAUUCAGAGAGAAACAUACCAAUGUUAGAAGUCCAAUUUUCGCUGAAAACGACAGAGGUCGCCGACCCUCUAGUUAAUUCGUCGCAUGUAUUACAGCUUUCCGAGACCAAGACCGCAGAUUCGGACGCCCAGACUCACUCCUACAACCCUUUCAAUGGGCAGAGCCAGGCUCAUGAUUUGGGCGCAACGAAUGGCGAGAACGUGCCUGCCCUCUGGAUCAGCCAAAGAGCCACCCCAGGAAAAGCAAUACAGAGCGUCGAGGAAAGUACUUCUGAUAUCUCCUCUACUUUGCCACUGGCCCUUGAACAGUAUGCCUCGACUCCUAUAUCUCUCGAACGGGAUGAAAACCUGCAAGUGUUCGAUUCCGAUUUAGAAGAGAAAGACGAAGUAGAGGAAGAUCCGUGUUCUUCUUUGCAUAGAAGCAUGUGGUUCAGAAAUGUAUCAGCAACUCAAUUUCCUGGACAUGAGUGCAAUCAAGUUUCUCGUUAUAGAACUUUCAGUGCUACACUUGUGGUGCGAACCCUCGCGGAGUAUCAUCAUGCGAUGAGUGUCUAG